AUGUGCCUGGGGCCCUGCACCUCCCCCGCCCCCAGAGCCCAUCGUGAAGACCCCCAGAGAGGGAUUGAUCAGGGGUCAGGUGUCCACGGCCCACAGUCGGGCUCCACGUCCUCACGGCCCCGGGCCUGGGAGCUCAGACGCGGGACGAUGAUCCGUGACCAUCUGCAGGCCCCAGGCUGGCUUCCUGCGGCCCAUGACGAGGUGGGAGGGGUGGGUGCAGACCGACUGGAGCGUGCGUGUGUGUGCGCGUGCACGUGUAUGUGUAGGUCAUUGCUUCGCGUGUUUACUCCCUCCCCACCUAAGAGAGGAAGGACCCCUUAG